CCAAAACAUACUCGGUGGCAUCGUUUUGAGGAAAAUAAACUUGAAAAAAGCCGAAGCCCAAAGGCGGAAAACUCACAGAUUUGGACUAAAUUUGGAUAGAUAUCGAAUUGUGAACAUAGCCUGUGCAUUAAGCGAGAGAUGAGCGAGGAUGAAAGAACACUUUGGUGCGGUAAUUUGAGUGAAAAAGUUACAGAUGAGUUGCUGUAUGAGUUGUUUCUUCAGGCCGGCCCGGUAGAAAAUGUGAAGAUUCCACGCGACAGUGACCGUCGGCAACGAUCGUACGCAUUCAUCACCUAUGUCCACGCGUGUAGCGUCGAAUAUGCCAUCAAACUUUUCGAGGGGACUUCGCUGUAUCAGCGAAAGUUGACGCUACACAAGAAGCAACGAAAUGGUCCGAACCCGGCAGCCUCGCCCCAGCUAAACUUCAAUGCGUCAUCGAACAGUAAUCGUUCGCAACUAUCGGACUCAUAUGGCAACAGCUCAACGGGGAUGGAGUUCGAUGUCUCGAGUAUGAUGAUGUUUGCGCAGAGCCCUCUAGGACCAACUCAUGAACAAGCAUUUGCGAUGGCCAUGAACGGUAUGCUGGCCCAGAUGGGUGACCGAAUGCUCGGUGCCUGCCUUCCGGCAUACGACGAUGGAAAUCAGCAGAACACUUUUCGCACCAAGAUGCGAAGGAACGAUCGUGAUCGGAGCGAUGCGUACGAUCCGCAUAACGAACGGCGCCACGAUCGGCAUAGCCACGGCCACAAACCCUAUUCCCGCGAUGACCGUGAUCACUAUCAGCGAUCGAACGAUGAGCGUCGCCGGCAUUCAGACCACGAUCGCGAUCGUCACCGCGAUCGCCGUAGGCGAAGGUAGUCCUUAGCUCGUAAAUUACUAUGAUUUUACUACUGACAAAGCCCUCCGUUGCCGGUUGGGGCCCUGAGUGUAAAUAAAUCAGAUGGUCUUUUGCA